GACAUUUCAAGAGCAGCAGUUCUAGUAUAUCUUGUGUGUGAUAGACAUUAGACAGAACAACCCUGUUAUUAUCAAAUUGGCCUUCUUCCCGGGCAAUGGAUAGUAAGAAAUAAAUGUGUGUGAGACCUCCGUCUAGUGCUUUUGCUCAUGUUAUCACUUUUUGUUUUGCCUCCCUCCAGUGGUGUACAGUGGUACAGCACUGUAUGUACUGUAUGUUGCCCUCCUCAAGUACUGAAACUAUAGGUUACUUGCAAAAGGCCGGUUCUUACUCAUGCUAUUAGAGACCUGGGGUUUCGUGGGACACAUACCCUUCCGGCUUCCCCAGAAGCCAUAUUCUACUACUCCAGACAUCACUGGCUGGCCAUGUGACGUAUGAGUUGUGGAGGACAUACUUCAGGACAGUUCACUAGAGAGUUUUAAACACAACGUUUGUAUUCCCUGGGUAAAACUGCGCAUAGGCUGGGUUAAAAGACAACGUGUAACUAAAGUGCUUUACUGUAGUGACUACCAGCAGUGUAUUAACUGAAAGCAGUUUAAGAUCCAGUUGAUGUAAUGACCCGAAAGGAGAGCGAGACAAGACAUCUAAGACCAUAGGCAGAUCCUUCGAAGAGGCCAGAGGUUUAGAUACUGGUUGAAGGUGUGCCCUUUUCAUGAAUUGACAAGUGAGAGUUUGCUGGCCCACUGUUUUAUCUCAAAUCCUAGGUGACAAGCCAAAAUGACUGCCAAGUAUAGCUUGACAGUGGAGAAGCACAUGUAACCACGGUGACUGAUAACUGCACAUGUAACCACGGUGACUGAUAACUUUCACUCCAAAUGUAUCUUCUGCUUAUUCAUGCUUUCUCUCUCUCGUUUGUUGAGACAGGACCAACAUUGAGUUGUGUGUUUGCCCUACUCAUUCUAUAUUUAAGAAGCCUAACAUGACAAUGUCUACCUCUGACUGACUGGCUGGUUGUCAAUGUUCAUGUAAAAGGGCAGUGGACUGGAUUUAGGGCAGGCAGUGAAAUUUGGGCACACCGAUAAAAAGAGCGGCUCUCAAGUACGACUCAGUCCCCUUCAUACCAAAGAUUCGUAAAAAUAAUUGGACCUUUCACUAGUAUAACAUUACGAGUAGAAAUGUUAGGAUAACAUCAACAGAACACUGAAAAAGUGUUUGUUCCCAUUUUAGUGCAUCAGUAAUCAAAUACUCACCACUUACCAUCAUACAAUGUCCUCAUGGAUGAUGCACUAGCGCUCUGAAUGGUUGCAAUGACAUUGAGGGGAAGGCCUGCGGCGUCCAAAUGAGCCUCUCACUGGCCAAGCCCAAAGAGCCAGACACUCUGAAUGAGGGUGAAGGAGCUCUCUGAAGAGUACUGUUUGUUGACAGGCUAGACAAGUCCGAACCAAAUGCACUUUGAAGAUGAAGUGGCGUAACAGAAGCUUUCGGUGACCGAGUUGCUAGUUCACGCUACAAACAAUUUAGCCACCUAGCCAUGACUCCUGUCCGAGAGCAAGCCUCUGGGGACAGAAAUGGGUUACUGGGGACAAUUCAGGGACUCCAGCAAACCCUUCAGCAACAGUGUGAUUUGAGAGUGGAAAAUGAAAGGUUGAAAAAGUCAUUGCUUGACAUGAAGAAGAAUAAUGUAAAAAUCUUGGAGGAUUGUCAUGCUCAAAAUGAAGGGCUUCAGGCUGAGAUGGCAGUUCUACAAGAAGACCACCAGAGGGAGCUAGAGGAAGCCCAACAAGAGACCCAGAGAAAAUUGGAGGCAAAAGAAAGAGCAAUUAAGGAAGUAAUUGAGAAGAAAGAGUCUUCUGAGGAAGAGCUGAGGAGGAAGAUCCGAGAGCAGGACAAAGAAAAGCAGAGUGAACUAAUUAAACUGCAAAUGGAGUUUAGCGCAAAGCUAGCAAGGGUCCAGAGCACAGUAGUGAAGUCCCAGCAGGCUCAAGGCUCCAGCCUUGCAUCUCAGAACAUCUUCAAGAGGAAGCUGCAGUUCAUGCAGGAAGAAAAGAAUCGUGAAAUUGAGGCCUUGCGCCAGAAAGUCAAAGAGCUGGAGCAGCAACAGUUCCUUGGCUUUACCGAGUCACGUCUUAAAAGAAGGAAGAUAUAAUUGGCAUAACCCUGCCAAAACCAGCCAGUGGUGCUUAAUUAUAGCCCUUCACUGCAUAAUGCUUUGAGGCAAAGUUUCAGAUUGCAAAAUGUUAUUAUAUAAGAUAAUAGAAAGACACAACGGAUAGCUACUCAACAGGUUAUGAUAUUGUUUAUGUUAAUUAUGCUUUUUGCUUGUACUGGUUAAUGGCAAGAUUAUGCUGAAUCUUUCAUAGAUGUCAAGUUGAUGUGGUGUUGCCAUCUGAAUGAUCAGUUCUCAAUAAAUUCUGUAUUAGAAAAAUGAAUGAAAUGUAUUAAAAUCAUUCUGGUUCCACACAGUAGGAUGUACCUUGUUCAGCACACCAUCACAGCGCUGGCCAAGCAGGUGACAGGAGAGCACAGGCACAACGGCUUGGCUGAAACAGCAAGGGUAUAGCUCACAUGUAAAGAUCGCCA